AUGAAGUAUGGCGAUCUCAAGGCCAUGGGCCUAGUCCACUUUACACCAGUUGGAGGAUUGGAAACUGUCCUGGAGGCUGUGCAUAUUUCAACUGGAUUGCCUUGGUGGGGAACGAUCGCUGUAACGACAGUUAUGAUUCGUACGGCUUUGGUACCUUUUAUCGUCAAGUUGCAAGGGAACACAGCUCGUCUUCACAAUGUUAAGCCUCAGUUGGAGCGUUUGACCGAGAACAUGAAACUUGCCAAGGAGAAUAACGAUACUGCAGCAAUGGCUCGCUUCUCAGCUCAGACUCAGGAGCUCUUUGCUAAACACGAUUGCAAUCCCGUCAAGUCAUUGAUGCUUCCUUUGAUGCAAGCGCCUAUUAUGAUUUCAUUUUACUUGGCUCUUAGGGACAUGGCCCACUUGCCUGUACCGCAGUUCAAGGAAGGAGGUAUUGGAUGGUUCACAGAUCUUACCGUUGCAGACCCUACUUAUGCCUUACCGGUUAUGUCAUCACUUGGUUUUUUGGCUAUCAUGGAGCUGGGGUCUGAAGCUGGUGGUGUCGCUCAACCUAAGGCUGUUAAAAAUGUUAUGCGUUUUAUGGCUGUCGCCAUGGUCCCUUUGACCAUGAAUUUUCCAGCUGCUAUCUUUGUCUAUUGGCUGACUUCGAACGUCUUUACAGCUGGACAGAUUACGUUUUUCAAGAUCCCUGCAGUUCGUCGUUUCUUUAACAUCCCUCAAUUGAUUAAUCAUCCUAAGCCUAAGAAUCCAAUUAAGCAGCCUGGGUUCAUGGAGUCAUUCAAAGCCUCAUAUGAGGGCGGGUUGGCUGCAAAGGAAAAAGAAAUCGCGUUGGCCAAGGAACGAGAGAACAAACUGGCUGCUCAAAAACUAAGACGCCAAAACCGAAAGAGGAUCUAA